AUGAAGCUUGUCCGGUUUCUUAUGAAAUGCGCCAAUGAAACGGUUACAAUCGAGUUGAAAAAUGGCACAAUCCUCCACGGCACAAUUGCGUCCGUAUCUCCGCAAAUGAAUACUGCCCUCCGCACGGUGAAAAUGACGCCCAAGGGUCGAGAGCCGAUCUCCCUUGACACAAUCAAUAUCCGCGGCUCGACGAUUCGAUACUUCAUCCUUCCUGACAGCCUACCGCUAGAUACCCUGCUCAUAGAUGACACGCCGAAACCGAAGAAUAAGGCGAAGAAAGAAACAGACCGUGGGCGUGGACGAGGCGGCCCCAGAGGCCGAGGUGGCAGAGGUCGGGGGCGCGGUAGGGGUCGUGGUUUCUAG